CCCAGCAAGCAAUCCCAUGUCAACCACCACGGCUUCCUCUAUGUACCCUGAGGAGGAAGCUCGUCGGACUCCUUUCCCUCUGACCCCGCCUGUUCUCGGGGACGAGUUCUACCCCUUUGGGGGCGAACGUCGACAGUCUUUUGUGGGCGAUGUGGCUGCUAGGGAUGCAGACCCCGAAGACGCAGAUCUGAGGGUUUUGCUUCAGAGGAAGGAGCAGGAUCUGAUGCUGGCGGCCGAACUGGGAAAGAUGCUACUGGAACGGAACGAGGAACUGGGUCGGCGCUAUGAGGAGCUGGCCAAGGAGCACACCGAGGCCAUGGAGCGCCUUGAACAAGAGAAGCACGAACUCCGCCGGCGUCUUGAAUCAGGCCAGGCCGAGUUCGAGAUUCGCGUGACAGAACUGGAGAAUGACUUGACAGCUGCCCGAGCCCAGCUGGGACAGCAGCGUCUGGAGCAGCAAGACACCAGCCGCGAGAGCUCGCAGGCCGUCCUGGACAUGUCGGAACAGAACCAGCGCCUGGUGGAUCAGCUCAGCCAGGUCUCCCAAGUGGAGCAUCAGCUGCGGGGCGAACUGAGCCUACUGAGAGGGGAGCACCGGACCUUGGCCCUGAGCGGUGCCGAACACGCCGCCCAAACACAAAGCCUGCAAGCCGAGAAUCUUCUCUUACAGGAGUGGAAGCAAGAUCUGGAGAAGCAGGCCCGCCAGUUUCGGGAGGAGAACGAAUCCACCCAGGCCCUGGUGGACACCUUGCACGACAACGUCCUCCUCUUACGCAGAGAGACUCAUGAGAAGGAGCUGCGGAUGAAGCUGCUCGAAGCCGAAGCGGAAGAGCUGCGGGCGUCCAACCGCCGUCUUCAGAACCAGGUGAAGGAGAUGAAGGAAGAGAUCCGGCUGCACGACUCGGAUACCUCCAUCACGUCCAUCCAGUCGGAAAUUGAAAGCAGCUUAGAGGACGCUCCGGGAGCACCUGGGCAGACCCCAAAGCUGAUGGUCAACGGCAUGGCUAAGACCAGCCCGGCUCCAAAGAAUCCCUCACGGAGAUCAGAGGAGGAGGAGGCUGAAUAUGCCAAAAGAGUGUUAGCUCUGACCCACCAGGAACAAGAUAUACUGAAGCAGAAGGAGAUGGAGAUCAUGAAACUCCAAGAUCAGGUCACUCUGCAGUAUGUGGAACUUUGCAGUUUAAGGUCGGAGAUAGAGAACCAGAGGCGUCUGUAUCAAGAGAGCAAUCGGGAUGAGGCCUUGAAGUUAGCCGUAUCAGAUCGGGAUGAGGCGAUAAUUAAGUAA